GUUCUUGCAGACUCCCCUCUCUCUCUCUCAUCCUCUCCUUCCCCUCACUUUUUCCUCCCUCUCCCUCCCGUGGCCCCCAUUCUCCUCGCCGGUCGCCGCCGUCCUCCGCGCCACGGCGGAUCGUCGACGACUGCGGGGGAAGCGUGGAUUCGGCGGCGGUGGAGGAGGGGGAGGCGGCAGCGGAGGGGGCGGCGGUGGAGGAAGAAGCUCCAGAUCCAGUGGUUUCGGGCGUCGGGGGCUCCAGAUCUGGUGGCGGCGGGCCUCGGAAGCUUCGGCAGGAUCCAGGCAGCUCGUCCACGGCGGGAGCGGCGGCGACCGAGCAGCAACGGAGUGGAGGCGACGACGUCCUCUGAUUGGUGAGCGGCGACUACUCCUCUUCCUUGUCUCGGCUGCGGGAGAGGGAAUUUACCGCAGUUGGGAUUAUUCUUAGGUGCCUGACGGUGAAAAUUGUUUUCACAGUCGGUGGUCUAUAGUUGCCCGUCUAAAUUGGCUGUCAGAAUGGUACUAAUUUGUUCUGAAAGUUCUGAUGACAAAAACAAGUGCGGAGAUGAAUUGAUAAACUAUAUUUUAUCAUGGUCAUGGACAACUUGUAUUGAGUCCAAUUUUGAAAACCCCCAAGAAUCAGCUGCAUCAUCAUAUGCAAAAUCGCUGUUAGAACCACUUGUCGAGGAAACGGUAGCAGCAGUUCAGUCAGCUCUCCAGAAGCUGUGUUUUGCACCUCAAUUCAAGAUAAUUGAUAUCCUUCCUGCUGCUGGAGUGAAUAUAUCAUUCUUGGAUAUAGAUCUUCAGGAGGUUAUUACUCACAACACGGAGAGGGGUGAUAUCUUUUUACUGUGCACAGAACUUCCUAGGGACUCUAGUCAGCUAUGCAAUGAUGAAGCAGUACUUGCUAUGGCAACUUGCUCAAAUCUUUAUGACACAUUUCAGAGAAGUUUCAAUGUGAAGACUCAUCAGAAAGUUAAGAGACAAAAGUUUAACCAUGCUCUGUUCUUGUGCAAUAUCUUGAUGAAUAUUCAGAUCUGGGAAUCACUGAAUGCGGUGAUUCUAUAUGACUGCCCAAUAAUCAAUGAUCUACUGGCGCCACCAUCCAUGGUUGUGACAUGCUGCAAUGAGGAGUUGGUUGAUGUGUUAAUGUCUCAAAAGAUUACUCUAGAUGAGGUGCAGUUGGAAGCUGCCAAAGCAAUUUAUUCAGCUGCACGGUGUAAACAUAGUAGAAGCAUCCAUGUUAUAUCUGGAGCCCAUGGAACAGGCAAAACAAAAAUUGUUUUCUCUGCAGUGGCGUCACUUUUGUCAGUAAGUGAAAAAGUUAUUGUAUGUGUCCCCAAUGCUCAAUCGUUUUCAGCAAUGUGUUCUGAUUUUGUUGAAAUGGCUGAGUCUCACAUGGAUGAGGAAUUGGGAAUUUGCUUGGGAGACAUAUUGGUACUAUCCAACGAGACCGGGCUAGAAGAUAAUGUUCAACAGCUUACAAUCAUUACAAGAGUCAAAGAAGUGCUGCCUUUGAUGAUAUGGCAUGAUAUGAUGAAAGCACUAAGGAAAUCAUUGGCAGCAUUUAAAGAGAAAUACGUUGCAGAAUUUAAAGAGAAAUAUGUUGCUUCAGCAAAACAUAAUUGUCAGCCAUCAGCCAAAAAGUUGCUGACUUCAUUAUUUUUCGAAAAGGCAGGUUUUCUGUUGAUAUGCCUUGCAACCUUUAGGAAACAUUUCCCAAAAAAUAUGUUUUCUGAACAAGUAAGCAAGAGAAUAAAAUCUCUCAUCAAGUGUGUCUCCAAACUUGAGAAUCUCUUGAAAGACAGGAAUCUCAAGGAAUAUGAUGUACAUGUUGCUUUUGGGAUAUUAUCAGGAAAAAGGGAAACAAUUUCUGUGCUUGCCAAAGAUUUACGCCAAACAAAGAAUCACUGUGUUACUGCUUUGGAUGACCUUCUCACUAGACUUGACCUGCCGUUCAACAAAGAUUGCAUUUGGCUCAGGAAUUACUUCAUUAGCAAUGCAAAAUGUGUGCUAUGCACUCCAUUAUCAACAUUUGAUCUUCAGCUUUCAGCUGGUUCUAUCGAGACACUUAUUGUUGACAAUGCCGAUCAAAUAAGAGAUUAUGAUCUUAUUCUUCCUUUAACUCUCCGCGAUGUCAAAAAUAUUGUAUUAACAGGAGAUCCAAGUAAGGUGAAGGAAGGAUCAUUCUUUCAGAGAUUGCUGUCAGUCGGCUUUAGUGUCUUUGAAUUGAGAAGGCAAUACAAUCUGUUGGAUGACAAAGAGAGACAUGAGGCAGAUGGGCAAAAUACCCUUUCCGAAGCUUUAAAUGACAAGAUAAAGGCUGAAGAGCUGUCCCUUACAAUUGGUUCACCGAAACAACUAUAUUCUGAGUUCACCUGGCUCCAUCGUCCUCACAAUCAGAAGUACAUCUUACCUCAGUUGUGCGACCAGAAAGGACAUCCUCACUGUACUGUACAUGCUAGUUUAGCGGCUUUGGAAUUCAAGUACAAGUAUAAAGCCGCAUCAGAAAACCCUCCUCAUGAUUUCAGCUCCAAAUUCUGUACAAAGCAUAUGUUGAAUGUAUAUGCUGCUAAGUACGGCGAACUAGGAAGUGAGCGUGAAAGUACAAGGGGUAGCAAACGCCUUUCAAAUGUCUUGGAUAUAUUGCAAAAUGAUGGAGCCAAGAGAGAAGCAAUGAUGGGCAAACAGGUCUAUAAAAUCUCUUCAUAUGCGUGUACAUACAAAAUUGGAAACGAUACUGAGUGUCUUCAAGAAACCAUCGAUCAUUUGAAGAUAGGCGACAUUUCAAUUGGAUCAUUUAAAGUUUCCGAAAAUCUCAGGUUUUUUAAGCCCGGAGAAGUGUACAUUUACAACCCAGAAAAGCCAGUACUCACUCCAACAGCAAAUCAGCCAAGUGCCCACUGCGUGCUGGUAAUAGGAGGUGGAGGCUGCCCAAGCGACAGUACUGCGGAACCUGUCUUAGCUUGCAACAUGCAAUUCAUGAUACAAAAUAGCUAUGGCAAAGGUUUCGGGGAACUGGGAAUUGGUAGAGUACGCGGAGAUUCGUUCAGUACCAUGCAUCGGAUCAGUUUGUAGGCUGAGCGCCUCUGAGGUUCAUAUCUUGGUGGUGAUGUCAAUCUGUAAUGACUGAUGGUUGGUAGAUUAGCAUACGGUGGUAGUUUUGCAGGAUGUAGAUUGGUCUAGCUGAAAACAUGGGCUCCUUGGAGGGAGAUUGUGACAGCAUGCUGAGUAGGUCUCACCUCAGGUUUGGCUUAAUUUCAUGCUGAGUAGGUCUCCUCUGUUUCAAAAAAAAAAGGUCGCAGCCUGAAAUACUUCUGUUCCAUACACUAGUUGCAGUAGAGCUUCAGACAGUCCUCACCAUCAAUCAAGAUAAGUUGAUGGGAUUUUUGUGAAUUGUGAGAAUGAAAUGAUACUGCUACGGAUCUGCGACAGUUUUUCUCCUUCGGCUUUCGUUUUUUCGGCCGUACAUUUUGCGCCAAGAUUCGUGCUCCUGGGAACCCAGUCCGGCUCGGAUCCGACCCGCUAUCGUGCAUACCUCCCUGAUUUUGAACAGUAGCCUGGACCCGCGCGUCUAUUCCAGAAAUUUUCCUUCGUUCUCUUUCUUUCUCCUCGUCUCGAGGAGGCGGAGGCGGAGGGUGAGGCGAUUUUCGCCGUCGCCGCCGCCUUCUCACCGACGAUUUCUCCUUCCUCCCCGGCCUGACUUCCCCGCUUGCUUUUCCCGUUCCCCGGUGUCUGUAUCCUUGCUGACGUUUUUGGUCGGAUUUUUCCUCACUGUUUCUUGGUCCUGAUUUUUGGGGCAAGUUUGUAGGUGCUUUGAUUUGAGUCGGAUUGGCUCCAGAUCCAGCAUGCUUGUAUGUUUUGUAGAGGUCUUUUAGUUUGGUGGCUGUUUUCUUUUUUUCCAGAUCUCGUUCGCUUGUGUUUGGAUAAUGGAAAAUGAGGGGUGAGAUUGGAAUUGGAAAAUGAACGUUGGAUUAAAUGAAAAGGGGAGAAUGAAUGGUUAGGAUUUAAAUAUUUCUUUUGAUGGGUGGGGUGGGAAUUCAUUUUCCUAUCCCAUUACCAAACACUGCUUUUUUUUUUUUGAGUAGCCAAACACUGCUAAAUCCCUAUAACCUGUUGCUUAUAGGUAGAGCUAUAAGCAAUGUUGUGUUUUACGUUUUAGCUUGAGCUUUAAUCUUCCAUUAUGUUUUCGUCAGAUCUCAAAACCCAUAUGGUUUUUUCGUGUAUUUUGUAGCAGAUCUGGAUGAGCUAUAUAGAAGCUUUGAACUACAAAUGCUUUUUUUUUUUUUUGGUGAUUUGAGUUCUUAGACGGAUUUUUCCAAUCCGCGAUUUCAGUUCAUUGGUGGGAUUCGGUUGCAGGUUUACAACAUUUUAGUGCUCGAUGGAUCAGGGAUGCUUCCCUGUUCAUGGAUUUUUUGUUGUUUUAUUGCGCAAAUUGCAAUCAGAUCCCUGUUCAUGGUGUGAAUAGAACAGAGAAGGGGAACCAUUGUUAUUCUGAAUCGGAUCCGUUAGUUUCAGAGAUGAAUGGAAUGAUCUGUUAGUUCUAAAUUUUGAUCCCUUCGCAUGAUGUUCGUAGUUUGGUUGAUUAAUCGCUCAAGUUCAUGCACGUGUAUGAAAUCUUUCUGGAUAUGAGGCAUUUCGGUUCAUGUACGCAUGUCAACUGGUCUCCCAGUGUUUCUGUUUAGAUAAUGAAAUUGGUGAGUGGUUGCAUACCUGCAUACAAUUUUGCACUAGGCAAAUGUGUAAUCUGUACAGAGCACGUUGAGUUGCAUAAUAAUGUAUAAAUAAGAUGUAAUUUGAUUAUCAAAAUUAAAACAAUUUGAUACAAUUUUAAGCCUAAAAAUAAUUAAGAUUGCAUGUUUUUAAGAGAGAAGCAAGAAGAGACAAUUUGGACCAUAGAUUUAUCAUCUAAAGGCUAGAAAUAAUUGGGGUGAUAGUUUAAUGAGAGAAGAGAGAAAUAGUAUUAACUACAUUUAGUGAGUUCAUCGAAUAUUCUGACCCUUAGAUCUAUUUAUCCAAUGGCUCGUAUGAAGAAGAGUUGGAUCUGCCCUUCCAUCGCUGCCCUGAACUCCACCUGCGAUCCGGCGUGACGACAGGAGCGGAGCUGCGACUACCGGGUUUCCAUGGUGCUGUGCUGCUCACGGUAGGGUUCUCCUCGGCUCCUUGGUUCAGCUGCUGCUGCCUGCGUAUUAUUCUGAUUGUGUAUUUGGGAUUUUAUAUAGAUUAAACCAGUUGGGGAUUUUUAUUUUAAUAGGGGAACCCAGUCUAGCUCACCCACCCAACGAAUUUUAGACUAGCGCCUAGAGGCCACGUUGUUAGCAAUGACAGUGGUCGUUGGGGGUUAGCAGCGCCAGCUUGCGGGGAUACCAGCGGCAGCCUGCAACCAACAGUAUGUUGCUAGAGAAUGAACUGAAGCUGCAGCCAACCAUGUCCUAGAAAAUAGUAACUCUCUUAUCAAAUGUUGUUUUGGACGGAUAAAUUGUGAUUUAUUGUUUGGUAGGGACUGCGGUGGAGUUACAAAUUAUGAGAAUGAGCUAUAAGAGAAGGGGUAA